AUGCCAACUCAACUAGUACAAGAUAACCACGCGAACGAUGUACGUGUGAAAACCGUGUAUAGUGGAGAUGUGAUGAUAACCUACAUUAAACAUAAUAUAACUCUUGAGGAGUUUACGCAGGAGAUGAUAGCAAUCUGUAGAUUUCUGCCUGACCAGGUGUUUACAAUGAAAUGGGUGGAUGAAGAAGGUGACCCAUGCACUAUAUCAACGCAGCUAGAGUUGGAUGAAGCAUUGCGACUCUACGAGCUGAAUCGGGACUCGGAGUUAACAGUACAUGAAGAGUAA